AUGCCACCGCUACAGCCAACUGUGGCGCACGAUGCUGACAUUCAUGAGGAAAGUCAGCUGACCGACGGCGUGCGAAGAAGGCCGUACAGUUUAGUCCUCUUCGACGAGGUGGAGAAGGCGCAUCCCGACGUCUUCAACCUCUGCCUGCAGAUCCUCGAGGACGGCCGUCUCACUGACUCCAAAGGGCGGACGGUGUCGUUUAAGAACACCUUGAUCAUCAUGACCUCGAACGUCGGCGCCAAGGCGAUCGAGAAGGGUCUCUUGGGCGGAGGCGGCCUUGGGUUCGCUGGGCUUGAGGACGACGUCGACACCUCCAACUAUCAGAGGUUGAAGACCGUCGUGCAUGACGAGCUCAAGAACUUCUUCCGACCAGAGUUCUUGAACCGACUGGACGAGAUCAUCGUCUUCAAGUCCCUGAACAAGCAGGAGGUUGCUCAGAUCGCGGAGCUGGAAUUCAGGAAAGUCUUCAAGCUGUGCGUGGAGAAAGGCAUCAAGCUCUCCAUGACAGAUCGAUUCAAGAAGAAGGUAGUGGAUGAGGGCUUCAACCCAGUCUAUGGGGCCCGGCCCCUGAGACGAGCCAUCACCAGACUCUUGGAGGACAAGCUCGCAGAGUCCUUCCUGGAGAUGUAUGGGCCACGGCACUUCCUCCGUGGGUUUUAUUUAUGGUUUCGUUGUCAAAUCUGGGGCUGUAGCUGA